GAGCCGAGUUGCUAAGGAAGUGAGCGGCCGCGUUCUCUCCCCAUCCGGGGCAGCGGGGAAUGGCUGAGCCCGGGGUUCGCCGCCGCCGCCCGCUCUCGGCUGCGGCCGCAGUCAGGCCAUAGUAGCCGAAAGCUGUACAGCCAUGGCCAAGAAGAGCUACUGGAAGAUCUGAGGGUGGAGACAACAAAACAGCUGGAUGAAUUGAGGGUGGCGCUGUUCAAACAGCUGGAUGAUCUGAAGGUGGCGCUGUCCCAGCUCUGAUAAACAUCAUCUGGUGUGUAUCCUUCUCUACAACCUGAUGUCGGUUGCUUGGUUUUUUGGAGACAGGGUCCCACUUUGUAGGACCAUAGCAUCCUGAGCCAUUUUGGAUUCAUAUCCCUCAAGACUAAGCUAGUCAGUUCAUCAUGUCCAAGUUAAAAAGCUCAGAGUCAGUCCGGGUAGUUGUUCGCUGUCGGCCUAUGAAUGGCAAAGAAAAGGCCGCGUCCUAUGACAAAGUGGUAGAUGUGGAUGUGAAGCUGGGACAGGUGUCUGUGAAAAACCCCAAAGGCACCUCCCAUGAGAUGCCCAAGACCUUCACCUUUGAUGCUGUCUAUGACUGGAAUGCCAAGCAGUUUGAACUCUAUGAUGAGACGUUCCGGCCGCUUGUGGAUUCUGUCCUGCAGGGCUUCAAUGGCACAAUUUUUGCCUAUGGACAAACGGGAACUGGGAAAACCUAUACCAUGGAGGGAGUCCGUGGUGACCCUGAGAAAAGAGGUGUCAUCCCCAACUCAUUCGAUCACAUCUUCACCCACAUCUCUCGAUCGCAGAAUCAGCAGUACCUGGUCAGGGCAUCUUACUUAGAGAUCUAUCAGGAAGAGAUCCGAGACUUGCUCUCAAAGGAUCAGACCAAAAGGCUGGAGCUCAAAGAGAGACCUGACACAGGAGUAUAUGUGAAGGAUUUGUCCUCCUUUGUCACCAAGAGUGUGAAGGAGAUAGAACAUGUGAUGAAUGUGGGAAACCAAAACCGGUCUGUCGGUGCUACCAACAUGAAUGAGCACAGCUCACGGUCGCACGCAAUCUUUGUCAUCACGAUCGAAUGCAGCGAGGUGGGCCUGGAUGGGGAAAACCACAUCCGAGUAGGAAAACUGAACCUUGUAGAUCUUGCUGGCAGUGAGCGGCAAGCCAAGACCGGAGCUCAAGGGGAAAGACUGAAGGAAGCAACCAAGAUCAACCUGUCCCUUUCAGCUUUGGGUAAUGUUAUCUCUGCCCUGGUAGAUGGCAAAAGCACCCAUAUUCCAUAUAGAGACUCAAAGCUGACCAGGCUUCUCCAAGAUUCCCUUGGUGGCAAUGCCAAAACUGUGAUGGUAGCCAAUGUGGGGCCUGCCUCUUACAAUGUAGAAGAGACUCUGACCACUUUGAGAUAUGCCAACCGUGCCAAAAACAUUAAGAACAAGCCAAGGGUCAAUGAGGACCCAAAGGACGCUCUGCUCCGAGAAUUCCAAGAAGAAAUUGCUCGGCUCAAGGCCCAGCUGGAAAAACGUUCCAUUGGCAGGAGGAAGAGGCGAGAGAAGCGGAGGGAAGGUGGUGGCAGUGGUGGGGGUGGGGAAGAGGAGGAGGAGGAGGGAGAAGAGGGUGAGGAGGAAGGGGAUGAUAAGGAUGAUUACUGGCGGGAACAGCAAGAAAAGCUGGAGAUUGAGAAGCGGGCCAUUGUAGAGGACCACAGCUUGGUUGCAGAGGAGAAGAUGAGGCUGCUGAAGGAGAAGGAGAAAAAGAUGGAGGACCUGCGGCGGGAGAAGGAUGCUGCGGAGAUGCUGGGCGCCAAGAUCAAGGCCAUGGAGAGUAAACUGCUUGUCGGAGGGAAAAAUAUAGUAGAUCAUACAAACGAGCAGCAGAAGAUAUUGGAGCAGAAACGCCAGGAGAUUGCAGAGCAGAAACGCCGAGAAAGAGAAAUCCAGCAGCAAAUGGAAAGUCGAGAUGAGGAGACCUUGGAACUGAAAGAGACUUACACCUCAUUGCAGCAGGAGGUAGACAUCAAGACCAAAAAGCUCAAAAAGCUAUUUUCCAAGCUCCAGGCUGUGAAGGCUGAGAUCCACGACCUCCAAGAAGAACAUAUCAAGGAGCGUCAGGAGUUGGAGCAGACACAGAAUGAGCUCACUAGGGAGCUCAAGCUCAAGCAUCUUAUUAUAGAAAAUUUUAUUCCAUUGGAAGAGAAGAAUAAAAUUAUGAAUAGAUCCUUUUUUGAUGAUGAAGAAGACCAUUGGAAAUUACAUCCUAUAACCAGACUGGAGAACCAGCAGAUGAUGAAGCGGCCAGUCUCGGCUGUAGGAUACAAGAGGCCACUGAGCCAGCAUGCACGGAUGUCCAUGAUGAUUCGGCCGGAGCCCCGAUACAGGGCGGAGAACAUCAUGCUCUUGGAGUUAGAUAUGCCCAGCCGGACGACCAGAGACUAUGAGGGCCCAGCCAUUUCACCCAAGGUCCAGGCUGCACUGGAUGCAGCUCUGCAGGAUGAAGAUGAGAUUCAAGUGGAUGCAUCAUCCUUUGAAAGCACGGCAAACAGAAAACCCAAGGGCAGGCCCAAGAGUGGCAGGAAAUCAGGAUCUGCCUCGUCCUCCUCAGGAAACCCUGCAUCUCAGUUUUACCCGCAGUCUCGGGGGCUGGUUCCCAAGUAAUCCAGCACCCCCUCCCAGGGUGGGAACAGCAUUGUCUUCUGAGAGAAGAGCGAGCACAAUACUGCAGAGAUGAUGAGCCUAAACCCUGAACCAUCCCCCCGAGGAGGAGUGAUGGCCUUUUGCAGAAUUGCCAACUUAAUCUGCCCGAACACGCUGGUCCUGGUCUGGCACUAGCUCCUCUGGGAAGUGCCCUUUAAUUAGCAUCUCAGAAAUGCAUGGGUAAGGUAAAGUGCAAAGUUCAAGUGGACAGCAAGAGAAUGACCAUGACCUUGCUUUCCUUCUUUCUCCCCUCCCCACUCUCCCUCCCUCUCCUUGCCUCUAGCUUUGUCUUCACAACCAAGCUCCCUUCUUGUUAAACAAUGUGGAGUCGAGGUCUCCUUAGGACCAUGUGUGUGGAGCCUCAGUGUAAAGUGACAAUGGAGCUGAGACGUGAAACCCUAGAACUCUAAUAGGUGCCUGCUUUUUUGUCAGGUGAAAUGAGAGAUCUCACGUGGAGCCAAGCCCCAGGAUGGCACAAUCAGUGGUCCAUCUUCCCGGCUCCUCAGCAGGGGUAGAUCUGCCUGUGGAACCUGUUGAAUGGGGCAAUGGCUCCUACUCCAGAAGGACUUGAUGUUAGAAGCAAUAGAAAAGACAUUCCCUUUGUGUCCUGGGAGAGUUUGGGGAAACAGCUUUUUUAAAACCUCAAAACCAUGACCAUCUUUGUUAAAGACCUAAGUCUAUAAACCAGUGCCAUGUCCAUCUACCACGUCACUUUACUCUUCAUUUAUCACCGUCCUUCCCCAAGUACACAUGCUCUGAGUGGACUCAUGUAGACCCACCUGCAGUGUGUGCCUACAGAGUGUGCUUUGAGGUGGGCCUUUGUGUGGGAGAAGGGAAGCUGGCUCUGCCUCUUCUGAUGGGACUAGCAUUGGGGGAGGCAUCCGGAAGGGCACUUCUGAAUUCCCCAUUGGGUCCAUACUAUCACGGGAGCAGAAGAAUGAGCAGGCAUAUGUAGAGAAGGAGGAAAGAGAACACAGAAAUGGCAGCCAAGGAAGCCUGUCUGCCUGGAGCAGAAACCCACUGACUCCUAGAAGUAUGACUCCGUGAGGAGAGCCCUGGGUGCUGACAAGAAGAGGCUGUGAGUGCAGAGGGUCAGACUAGAGUUCACGCUUCCCGUUUACAUAGAGUAGUUUGGUUUGUGAGUUUUGGUUCUUCAUAGUAUGGCACCUCCAGCUUUGUUUAUGUUGGACAUUAGGUGAUAGUUAACUCAUUUUCCUCAAGAGAAAUGCAUGAGUGUGUGGGACUGUGCGCGCACAGCAGCACCUGUGCUCUGGAUGUAAGAGAGACUGAAAACCUUCGCAGUUUGAGAAAUACGCCAAUGUUCAGUCUUUGCCUUUGUCUAUGUUAAAGGCCGACAGAAUGACUAAUCCAAGCUAGCAGCAUGCCCCAUGUUGUGUCUGAGUCCAUGAUCCAAGCCUGAGGGGACAGUCUGAGUCCCCAAGUCUGUCACACUGGCGCACCUUGCUGGCAUGGUGCCUCAGGAAGAUGGCAACUCAGGUGGGCCUUGAGAUAUGUUUUAACUCAGCUGCUUGUCCUCCAAGUACAUUUCUUGAUCAGAACCCAUGGGAAGAUGGGGGUACUAGGUGCAAUGCCUUGACAUUCUGUAGAAUGGAGAUCUGUGGUGGUAAGCAUUCUUUCUGAGCCCAGAGCCCUACUCAGCAGUUCCUUGGAUGUCAUGGAACUAGUCCUCAUCUUUUCUUGGGCUCAAACCCUGCUUCUUCCUUAUGUACUAAGAACUUGCCGUUUUGAAUUGGAACCAAAUGAUGAGAUGUAUGGUCCAAGAUGGCUGUCUGCUGGUGAUACUGGUCUCUCUUGCCACAUUUCCUCACAGCUAAGCUGAAUUCUAUAGGCCGAAACAUUUGUGCAGCAAAGAGAAGGAUUGCAAACUUCAGGUAAUGUCAUACCUUCAUACUAGUCUCUGAUGUUGGGGGCGGGUGUUAAGUGACACUUAGCUUAGAACUUUUCCAAGAAGACAAAAAGAAAAAAAAGCCAGCCAGCAGACAUGUUAUUAAAGCAAGCUUGCCCUAUUCUCAGCUGUGUUCCUGAAGUGGUCUGUGGACACCAAGUAGAAGGCUGCCCAUGUGGCGAUGAAGCUGUCCCUCCCCAGGCAGCCUCUGGUGCUUUCUUCUCAACAUGGAUCCGAUACUGAAGAUAGCAAAUGGUAAAAAUGUCUUGCUGCCCCCAGAAUGCUGCUGUUUUGAGUUCUGAAUUGAGCCAAGAAUAUAGAGGACAUAUCAAGCUCAUUAAAGGACCAAAGCUUUAUGUUGAUAGUUUUCUAGAGUGUUCUGGGAUGCUGGAAGAACUUCAUGCCUGCAGUAGCUACUGUAGUCUAGAAGCAAGUCUUUUGAAGGAUCUAAGAAGCCCAUCUGGGAAGAGUUUGAGGUUGCACAUACAAUCCUCAUCGGACAUUUUUCCUCUGAUCAGUAGAAUGUAUCUGGCUUCAAAUGAUAAGUUUCCAGACCCUUACAGUCAGAAUCAGAGGCCACCAACCAUAGGCAUGAAGCACUUUCUUAAGACUGACAUACAUUGAAUUGCUCCCUGUCUGAUGCCUGCAUGCUGCUUGACUUGCUCCACCUCCACCUCCGUGACCAAGGAGUACGGUACAGCUCGGGCACGGGCCAUUGUCUGCUCUUCCUGACUCUUAUUAAGUCCUCCCUCACUGAAUGUAGACUCUGCCAAGUUUCUGAGAAGUGUCGAUUCCCUGCUAACAUAGGCUAUAAGUUCUGCCUCACUUUUGCCUCUUGAGUUUGAGGGGUACUGUGAACACCUUGGACCAUCCAGACGCCAUAUGUGGACGAAAUGGGGCUACUAAUGUACUCUAAAAGCCAUAAUGACACAGCUCAGAGGGAACUAGGUGAGAAUAGCAUGCCCCCACAGUUACAAGUCUUGGUCUGGUACUUUCGAUUGUAGCACCUUCCUCUCUGCCCAUCUCUUGAAUGAGAUGCUUCUGAGGUUAUUUAUGAAAGGAGUGAUGUAGGCAAGCAGGAGCCGGGGGCUUGAUGGCUCUUUGGAGUUACUAUUGAUCUUGACCUUCUCUUUGGCUGUCUUUAGAUAAAGGAUAUGCCAAUACUUGGGACUCUUUAAGUUUUACAACUGAUAUUUAUUUGUAUUAUCUCUUUGUCUAGCGUUGUAAAAGUGAUUCUAAAUAAGAUGUGUAAUAAAAAUCAAUCAGAUUUAUUGUAUCUACAAAAA